CUGCAACAUUUACUGCUCCGGUAUCUUCUGGGCUGGCACAGGAGCCGCCGCACUGAGCAUACGAGAGAGCUCAAUAUAUGAUCUCUUGACAGUACAUUUUUGCCUUUGUUAUUUUGUCAAACGGUUGGCUUAUGUUGGAUUAUAAACACACAAGCCCGAUAUUUAUUCGUUUUAUUGAGCACAGUGGAGCGUUUAAAUGAGAUUUUCAUGACCUUGCAUCGAAUGUCAUUAGAAGAAGAAUUUAAUCUAACCAAGAUAACCAAGACUCAGCUGCAAGGAUGGAGAUUGUAACUCAUUUGAUAAAUGAUACUAUAGAGUUCUACAAAUGGAGCCUUACCAUAGCAGACAAGCGCGUAGAGAAAUGGCCGCUGAUGUCCUCACCUCUUCCCACGCUGGCCAUCAGCUCCAUGUACCUGAUCUUCCUCUGGCUGGGGCCCAAGUACAUGCGGCACAGAGAGCCCUUCCAACUGAGGAAGACCCUCAUUGUCUACAACUUCAGCAUGGUCAUCCUCAACUUCUUCAUCUUCAAAGAGCUCUUUCUAGCAGCACGGGCUGCAAACUACAGCUAUCUCUGCCAGCCUGUCAACUACACAGAUGAUGAGAAUGAAGUCAGGGUGGCAGCAGCAUUGUGGUGGUACUAUGUGUCUAAGGGUGUGGAGUACCUAGACACAGUGUUCUUCAUCCUGCGUAAGAAGUUUAACCAGGUCAGCUUCUUGCAUGUCUACCACCACUGCACCAUGUUCACCCUCUGGUGGAUCGGCAUCAAGUGGGUGGCAGGAGGACAGUCUUUUUUUGGUGCGCACAUGAAUGCUGCCAUCCAUGUUGUCAUGUACCUGUACUACGGCUUGGCCGCCUUCGGACCCAGCAUCCAGAAAUACCUGUGGUGGAAGAAGUACCUCACCAUCAUCCAGAUGAUCCAGUUCCAUGUGACAAUUGGCCACACAGCCCUCUCUCUCUACAUCGACUGCCCCUUCCCCCACUGGAUGCACUGGGCACUGAUUGGCUACGCCAUAACCUUCAUCAUUCUGUUUGGAAACUUCUACUACCAGACAUAUCGUCACCAGCCCCGCAGGGAGCCUCCCCCCAAGGGCGGCAAGGGCACAACCAACGGCAUCACCAACGGCGUCACUCCGACAAUGAACGGGCUCAGCAGGCUGGAGGAGAAACAGGCAGUGGUGGAGAAUGGGAGGAGGAAGAGGAGGGGGCGCGCCAAGCGUGAAUAAGGGGCUGGGCCGGGGGAUGGAGACUGGGGCAAAGGGAGGUGAGGGGGCAAGGGGGAAAGCCUUGCUCAGGACACCUGAGGAUCACAGACCUGGUGGGACAUGAUGAGGCAGGAGGGUUGUGCUCUGAUACCAAACCCCCUGCAGGUUCUGUGUUGAAUGUGACCUGUCUGUGAAGGAUGAGCUCUGUGGAACUGGGGAGGGGGGUUAAACUUCAUCACAGCUUAUGAAUAUCAAUUCCAUGUUUUUCUCUCUCUUGCUCUCCCUCUCCCUCUAUGGGGGUUGGGGGUGUGUGCAUUGUGUUAGGACAGCACCUCAGAACAGAGACAGGAGUAAUUUAAAGGAGCAGUUUCUAGGGCCUAAUCCCAUGCACACUCGCUUCUUCAUUCCAGAUGUCUUCGAAACCAUGUUGCCCAGCAGAAUCAUAUCCCCAAAAGUGAUUUUCUUUUCCCUUUGUUCACACUUUUUUUUGGAAUGUUGAAAUUGUUUCAUUGUCUUGUGUUUUGUGAUUCAGUCCUUUUAAACUUUGUAUAAGAAAAUAAUUUUUAAUUAUUUUUCUCCCCCGAUAUCAAUCUUCAGGUCAUUAUUCUGUAACAUUUACAUGGCUAAUGGACACACAGCAAAUUUCACCAAAAUGGGGUUGGGGAGUGAGUCACAUGUUUACACCCCUCUAGAGCACGUCAGCAGGUAGCAGGUUGCACGGUUUCAUCGCAGACGUGACUGAUGUUCGGGACAGGGGGUGGGACCAAAUCUGGAACAAGGUGACAGAGGCUCCAGUGGUCAUACCUGUUAGAUCAGCCAGUGUCACGCCUGUCCUGAAGAUAAUGGUUCUGUCUGUGAACCUGAACCAGUAAAGUAGAAAUUUAGUUCUAAUAUCCCCUCUCCAUGGUCAAUGAAAAACUCCCCCCACCAUGGUAGGAGAGGGGGUGUGGUGGAUUUUAAUCUAUAUUUUAACUUUAUGGUCUCAUUUUAAGAAGAUUAUUGUGUUUAAAUUAUUAACAUUAUUUAUGUCAUUAUUUAUUAUUUAGUGCUUUUUCCAUCUAUAUUUUCCCCUCAGUGUUGAUGAACAAGGCCAGAGAAUACAAUAAAGGACAGUUUUUUCCGUUUAUAAUUUUUUGGAUUCAGUCAUAGGUAAUAUCUAAAACACUGCACAAAUACACAACUCCUGCAUGGAUUGCAUCCCCCUUGCAACAGAAAUGAUCAUGUCCUUAACAUAUCACUGCUUCAUAAGCAGAGCAUGAUGAAAAAUAUAUCCAUCAAACAUGGUACAGUAGCAGUAAUAUUACUUAUGUAAUGCGCAUCUGUCACUUGUGUUUCUGGAAAGGGAGAAUGACAUUCAUAAAAUUUGUUUUACUUCUAGUCAUUUUUUGCCUGCCAGUCAAAUGUGCUUUUAUCUGUCAACCAGUGGGUGCCAGCUCCAAACCUAGAAACAGUUGGGAUGUGUAUGAGAGAAAGGUGUGGAUGAAAGACUUGCAGCAGGUGCUCUUGUUCCACAGCUGUUUGAGCCAGUCUUGGUUUUACUGGAAACGGGUUGGGGACAUGGUGGAAACUCCAUGUUUGUGGUGCACUAACCUACUUAUGGCUUAAACUGCUAUGCAUUAGAAGUGUUGUUUCCAUAAUGUUCACACUACAUAGCAAUUUGGGUCAAGGUUUCAACAGAGACUGAUUAUUGCUAGGCUGAGUGUAGGCUGGGUGUUCUUUCCGUCUCUGCAUUGAUGCAGGAGUGGAGUUGUAGAGAGGAGACGUUACUGUGUGAACUUAGCUGUUCUCAGUCCAUUAUCAGGAUGUUUUAAAAUGGAUGUGAUGAAAACAAAACUCAUAUCAUGCCUAUUCAAAGACAUAUAGGGAGACAAACACAUACUCCACCAUUACCAAUGAGCUUUGAACAAAACAUUUCUUGCUAUGGUCAAUAUUCAAAACUGUCUUUAAAUGUUUGCAGUUGUUGUUUUUCCUUUAAUAUGUGGAUAAAUAUGUUUUUCUGAAUGUCAACUUUUAGAAUUUUGCGUUUUCUGUUUCCUAGGUUCUUCAAUGUUGUAGAAGCUGUACGGUUUACUCCACAUACUUUGGAAAUGUGCAAAAAUAUUUUCAUCAACAGUCUCAGAACUGUAGCUGUCUUAAGGAAAGAGGGGUUUCACCAAAGCAUUUGUUCAGUUGACUAUGAUAUACAGUAAAACAAAUGAUUAAAAAAAAAAAUAAACAGAAUGCCAACAGA